AUGAAUCCUGAGGAACGGAUCGUGACAUGGCUCAUCUCUUUGGGAGUUUUAAAUUCCCCCAAGAAGACCAUCUGUGAUCCGGAGGAAUUCUUGAAGGUGUCUCUGAAAAAUGGGGUAGUGCUAUGCAAACUGCUAAACCGGCUUGUUCCUGGAGCUGUGGAAAAGUACUGUCAGGAGCCCCAAACGGAAGCUGACUGCAUCAGUAACAUUAAGGACUUCCUCAAAGGAUGUGCAUGCCUUCAGGUGGAGGUAUUUGAUCCUUGUGACCUUUACACAGGCAACAAUUUCUCCAGAGUGCUGAGUACCCUUUUAGCUGUCAACAAAGCCACUGAGGAUUACCAAGUUUCAGAAAGACCAUGCCAACCUUUCUCUUCCAUUAGUGCAGUUUCCAGUUCUCAGACGAAUAUCCCAGGAGCGAUUUCUAACUCAGCGCCAGCGCUAAGAAGACAUUCAAAGGCAGCGGAGAUGACUGAAAAUGGGAACCACCAGCUGGUUGUAAGGGCAAGAUUCAACUUUAAGCAGACCAAUGAAGAUGAGCUGUCAGUAUGCAAAGGCGACAUCAUUUACGUCACUCGAGUAGAAGAAGGUGGCUGGUGGGAAGGCACUUUGAAUGGGAAAACCGGCUGGUUCCCUAGUAAUUAUGUCAGAGAAAUUAAGCCUAAUGAGAAACCUGGCUCCCCAAAGACGGUAAAAGGACUUGACACUCUUCAGCUUACCAAGAAUUACUACAGCGUGGUUUUACAGAACAUCCUGGAAACUGAACAGGACUACGCUAAAGAGCUACAGUCACUUCUUGGGACUUACUUAAGACCUCUGCAGUCCAAUGACAAUGACAGUCUGGAAAAGUUUAUGGAGAGUCAGGGAGCGGCCACUCCAGGGAUUCUGCUUUUGACAACCAACCUCAGCAAGCCCUUCAUGCGCCUGGAAAAAUAUGUGUCUCUUCUCCAGGAACUGGAGCGGCACAUGGAGGAAUCUCAUCCAGACCACCAGGAUGUUCUAAAAGCUAUUGGAUCAUUCAAGACGUUGGCGGCCCAGUGUCAGGACCUGAGAAAGAAGAAACAGCUGGAAUUGCAGAUUCUUUCCGAAACCAUUCAGGGAUGGGAAGGAGAUGAUAUCAAAACCUUGGGCAACGUCAUCUUUAUGUCGCAAGUAAUGGUGCAGUGUGGCACCAGUGAGGAGAAAGAAGAAAGAUAUUUCUUGUUAUUUCCAAGCGUCUUACUCAUGGUUUCAGCGAGUCCUCGGAUGAGUGGCUUUAUCUUUCAGGGGAAACUCCCAAUUGCAGGAAUGAUGCUGGCAAGACUGGAUGAAGGCGAAAGCAGUGACUAUGCGUUUGAAAUAACAGGUCCCCUGUUCGACAGGAUGAUGGUGUUCUGUUCCAGCAGCCAGGAUCUCCAGGAGUGGCUGGAUCACCUGCACAGACUGAUCAGGGGCACUGGCUCAGGCAGUGUGCUUGUGAAAACCCACUCGUGGAGCGCCCAGUCUUCUUCUAGUGCUGCCGGACAACCUCGAGGACCACUGGAGCCUCCCCCAAUUCCAAAGCCCUGGAGCUUAAGUUGUCUCAGACCCGCACCUCCUCUUAGACCGUCAGCAGCUCUAGGUUACAAAGAGAGGAUGUCUUAUAUCUUGAAGGAUUCCAGCAAGAGCCCCAAGACAAUGAAGAAGUUUCUCCAUAAAAGAAAAACGGAGAGAAAAGCAUCAGAGGAAGAAUAUGUCAUUAGGAAAAGCACAGCAGCUUUGGAAGAAGAUGCCCAGAUCUUGAGAGUGAUCGAGGCCUACUGCACCAGUGCCAGUGCAGGCCUUCAGCAAAGCCAUGGCUCAGGUGCCCGCAAGGACUCCAUCCCACAGGUCUUACUCCCAGAGGAAGAGAAAAUUAUUGUGGAGGAGACAAGGAGCAAUGGGCAGACAGUUAUAGAAGAAAAAAGCCUCGUUGACACUGUUUAUGCACUGAAGGAUGAAGUCAAGGAAUUAAAGCAGGAGAAUAAAAAGAUGAAGCAAUGCCUAGAAGAAGAAUUGAAGUCAAGGAAAGACUUAGAAAAGUUAGUCAGGAGGCUCUUGAAGCAAACCGAUGAGUGCAUGAGGGCAGACUCGGGUAGCAAGGCUUCCCUCCUGGCUUGAGGCUACCCGAAUCACGCUGCCGGCAUUCACUCAUGUGCAUCUUGGGAUCUCCGGGAAAGGAAGAUCAGACCUUUUGAUUCACUUUGCUCCUCGCCUUGUCUGCUUUCUUUGUAUUUGACUGUUUUCUAUUAUGGGGGAAAUCGGGAUUCUGUAGUGGAAAUAGCCUUCCAUUCAAAAAGGAAGUGAAACAAAUAGAAAUUAUUACAAUGAGAGGAGGGGUCAGCAAAGGCCCCAGAUUCACGGUUCAUCCAAUCUCUUCUUCGGCCAGAUGGGUCACUAGUUCUUUGGACAAAGCUGCUUUCCAAAAAGCUGCCAAGUGGUGCCCAGUAAGGGAGACUGGCUCACUCACUCCUUCCUCCCAAAGAAGCCUCUCAGUUAGUCAUUCAAGAAGCAUUGGUUAAGCCCCCACUAUGCGCCAGGCUGGAGAUAAAAAGACAAAAAACAAAAUGACUCUUGUCCUCAAGGAGCUUAAAUUCUACUCAGGAAGGGUCAAUGUGACAAGUCAACACCAAAUAGAUACAAAAUCAUUAUGGAGUACUUGGGGGAUGGCGCUAAUACCUGGGAGGUGGGGUGGGUGAGGAAUUGAGAAAGGCCUCCCAAAGGAAUGGGAAAGCACUACUGUAUUCAUCUAGAUCCUCUGGCCUGUGGCCCUCCCACCUCAUGUACACACAUGCAGGUUUUUUCUUGGAUUUUCCAACAAGAUAGUGUAGUAGACCCAGUAGUCCUUUUGUUGCUUUUGCUUUGGUUUCAUUGACAUGCUUGAUUUCACUUGAUGGAGCAGGAGCACCCAUCAUUGCCACAAAUGCUGAGUUGUGAUGCCGGUAGCCUAUUUCUAGCGUGUGAUGACAGUGUCGUGGCAGCUUCUCCAGCUAGAGCAUCAUAGACGGUUUGCAUUUCCCCAGUGCUUGGCCUUAACCGUAGUCAAUAGUACAUCAUUCUGUUUGGAACAUGCUUUCGCUUACUAUUCCCCUCCUUGUAGUCAGACCAUGAGUUUCUCUUGCCCCCUCUCACUAGGGCAUCUCCAAGUCUCCACCAAGAGGCUGAGUUCUAACAGGAGACGCUCACUCAUUCUCCUUGGCCCACUUCUAGACUGUGGCAAGAGUUGGAGCAGUCCCCCAACCCCCCCCACCCCCAAGGAGGGGGCUUUUCAAUAUCAUUUACAAGAAUCUGCUCUACUCAGGAAGGCCAAUGUCUGCCCACCUGCAAGUGGGGCCUGCUUGGAGCUGGCGUAUCUUCCUAUCUGGCUCCCCCCUUUUCCCCAGUGACUUUGUUGGGACCCCAGCAGUACAGAUUGGGCCACAGCUCAUGGUCACAGACAUAGUCAGCAGAUCUCAGACAUAAUUCAAUGCAGUUUAGGAAAGGAUGUGUGGUAGAUACUUAGCAAAUCCCCAAAGCAGGUGCAGCUCCGUCCUGGUGGGACAGAUCCCUUUUGAGGGAUGGAAAAAAGGGGCAUUAGAUUGAAAAACAAAACAGAAGUGAACCCCCAAAAAGUUGUUCUCCAGAUGUAUUGGCCAGGAAUACUGAUGAGUGACAGUUUGUGCAAAUGCUGUUUUAACCCCCCCUCAUUCAAACUUGAUUGCCGUGCUCCCCAAACUGGCCACCCCUCCCUCCCUCCCCGGUACUCGGUGGUCUCCAGUUCCUGCUGCUACACAGUAUGGUACGUGGCUUUUUGCUUGCUGCCCCCCAGGGAAAGUACUAUUCUCAGGAAGCAGGCUGGCCAAGGUAAUGCUGGGAAAGAACCAUGCUCCCCUGUCACCUAACUAAAUUCACCUGGGGCAGUCUCACCCUCCUGGGUUCCAAAGGGCCGGGAAAGUCUUUCUGAGAGAGGGACCUUUACCUUGUAAAGGGAGCUCAGCACUCUCAUUUUUCAGAUUCAUUUUCAGGAAACCAAGGCCUAGCACAUUGAGGAGAUCACUCUAGGCCUCAUUUUUGUCCUCUAUAAACUGAGGGGGUUGGACUAGGCGGUCUCUGCGGUCCCCUCUCAGUUUAGAUCUCUGAUGAGCUAUGUUCUUCACAUAGCAAGGAGCAUGGCUAUUUUGAAGGCUCAGACAUCAUCCCCAAUAAAAGCUAGGCCUCUUUUGAAUUGUCCCCUCCAAAGUUACAGAACGAUGUGAAGAUGAUGAACGGGAAACUCCUAGUGACAUAAGGAACUCAAAUGGAUCAGAGUCACGGUAGGAAAGCAGACCGUGCCGAAAACCAAUUUUCUAAUGCUGAGCUAUACAGACGCCUGCUUAAGAGGCCUCUGGGCCCCUGAUGGGAGAAGCAUGGUACUUCGGGUAACGGAGCCCAUACCGAGCAUGGCUGUCGCUGUUAAGAACCAAAUGACAAGAGCGAGGAAAUGAAGCCAUGUGAAUUCGCCAGCACUGGUUCCAUAUUUGCUUUUGUAAAUAUCUUGUCCCGUUAUCCUCUCGAUUGCUGCCUCACUGUGAAGAGGCGGCUCCAUUUAUCUUCUCCCAGGGUAGGCUAAUUUCCUGUCAUUUCUCUUAUGCAAACCCAGUUUUUCUAACCUGUUUUGAUUUUGAACGCUUUUUAAAAUGACAUUUUCAAUCAAUAAAGGACAACAAUGCCUUAUAAAUGA